AAAACCAAAACAGCCACAACUGCCUUCAAAGGUCGGUUUACCACCCAAGUGGAGUCGCAGUGGCUGCUGCCCAGAGCACAUAGGAGCCACCAGUGACUCGGUACAAGCAGUUGGGGCUCAGAAAAGAUCUCCCUGGGCAGGAGCUAUGGCAUGGCCACCUCCCUACUGGCUCUGCAUGCUGGGGACCUUGGUAGGACUCUCAGCUACCCUAGCCCCAAACAGCUGUCCAGACAAACACUACUGGACUGGGGGAGGACUCUGCUGCCGGAUGUGUGAGCCAGGUACAUUCUUUGUGAAGGACUGUGAACAAGACAGAACAGCUGCUCAGUGUGAUCCCUGUAUACCAGGCACCUCCUUCUCUCCAGACUACCACACCCGGCCCCACUGCGAGAGCUGCAGGCAUUGUAACUCUGGUUUUCUUAUCCGCAACUGCACAGUCACUGCCAAUGCUGAGUGCAGCUGUUCCAAGAACUGGCAGUGCAGGGACCAGGAAUGUACAGAGUGUGACCCUCCUCUAAACCCUGCACUGACCAGACAGCCAUCUGAGACCCCGAGCCCACAGCCACCACCCACCCACUUACCUCAUGGCACAGAGAAGCCAUCCUGGCCCCUACACAGGCAGCUUCCCAACUCGACUGUCUAUAGCCAGCGGUCAUCCCAUAGACCCCUGUGCAGCUCGGACUGCAUCCGGAUCUUUGUGACCUUCUCCAGCAUGUUUCUUAUCUUCGUCCUGGGUGCAAUCUUGUUCUUCCAUCAAAGAAGAAACCACGGGCCAAGUAAGACACAGGCCUUCCCUCCUGUCUCUCAGCUGUGCUACCCACACCUAAAGCCCCCACACCUACUCCACCCACCUACUCUGGCUCCUCAAGUGUCCUUCCCCCAGACUCCCCAAGCCCCCCAGCUCUCAGCCCUCCACUUGGGCUUUUCUCCUCUUUUCUCCCCUUCACCUUUCUUCUCUCCACUGCUGACCGAUUGUGUUUGCACAGAUGAAGACCGGCAGGCAGUGCCUGAAGAGCCUUGUCCUUACAGCUGCCCCAGGGAAGAGGAGGGCAGUGCUAUCCCUAUCCAGGAGGACUACCGGAAACCCGAGCCUGCUUUCUACCCUUGACCGGGUGCUGGUGGGGCCCUUUCUGACGAGGGGCCAUCCACAGAGACCUCAAUGGUGGCCUGCUCCCCUGUCAUGGUCAUCAGAACCCUUUCCUGUGAAUACUCAACAAACUGCCCUUCUGAGACCAACAGGGACAAGAGCAGGAUCCCAGUGUGUGGCCCAGCAAGCUGGGGAGACUCAGGCUCUAGCUAUAAAGCACACUUACUCUAAGUGAAACCGUCCAGCUGACAAAACUACAUGCCAGGGGUGGAAAUGGCUCACCAAGGGCUCCAGAGGGGGCUUGGCAGUGAGGAGCACGAAGUGUUCCUCCAGAGGACCAGAGUUUGAUUCCCAGCACUGUCAAAUGGAUCGAAACCAGCUGUAACUCUACUUUCAGAGGGUCUGACACCUUUGACCUCCUCUGGCAUCUACAAACACAGGACGGACACACACACACACACACACACACACACACACACACACACGAUUAAAAAUAAUAAUUUUUUUUAAAAAAAUGGAAUGAGCCACCGGCAGGUGCCCUGGUACCAGAAGGACUGACUGCCGUGAGAGACACUAUCUACAGACACACAGACUUCCUGGCCUUGGUUCUGUCUUCUCUGUAAGUUGUGACAGUGCUGUGGGAAAGCUGAGGCUGAGACUUUCUCUCAGUUGAGCUAAAACUAUAAAUAAAUUCAUUUGUCUACUUCUAUA